AUGUCGGAAAAUUCCAACAAGACAUCUUAUGAGGCUUUAAAAAAUAUCACCGUUAAAGAUCUUAAGGAUGAUAAAUCUUUCGAAGCAAAUAAAAUUUGGGAAAAUAAUCCAGCUUUGAUAUUCGUUGGCAAACCUGGUUGUCAAUUGUGUCGUGAAGAGUCAUUAAAACUGGUGUCAUUUAAAAACUUAAUUUCAGAUAAAAUGGGCUUAAGAAUGGUAGCAAUUGUUCAUGAAAAUUUAGAUAAUGAAGUCGAAGAAUUUAAUAAUGGGUUUUGGAAAGGAGAAGUAUAUUUUGACGAAAAAAAGGCCUUUUAUACUGCGCUUGGUGGUGGAGAGAUAAGAUAUGGUGGAUACAUGAGCAUAUUUAAACCUUCUGUUUGGAUGAAUAUCGGAAGAAAUUGGAAAACGGGCGUACAAGGCAAUUACAAAGGAGAGGGUAGAAUUUUAGGAGGAUUAUAUAUUUUAAAACCUGGCACAGCGGGAGUUCAUUAUCAACACAAUGAAAAGGUGUGGGGGGAUGUUGCACCAUUAGAUCAAGUUUUAACCGCUUGUUUAGAAGUCUCGCCUAAAAAAGAUGAUAAAUCUAUUCAAGAAGAAGUGUCAAGUAUCAUUGAUAAAUUUAAGAAAGGAGAAUUAGUUAUUAAUGAUAAAUUAUUGAGUAAUGAUCCACCAGCAACUUGUCAUCCAUUCUACAUUCACCCAGAAUAUCUUAGUAGAUCUCUUAAACCAUCACCAGCAUUCCUUGGUUUUGUAUCAGCAUCAGCGGGACUAACAAUUGAAUUAUUUGGUGGAGAGAUAAGAUAUGGUGGAUACAUGAGCAUAUUUAAACCUUCUGUUUGGAUGAAUAUCGGAAGAAAUUGGAAAACGGGCGUACAAGGCAAUUACAAAGGAGAGGGUAGAAUUUUAGGAGGAUUAUAUAUUUUAAAACCUGGCACAGCGGGAGUUCAUUAUCAACACAAUGAAAAGGUGUGGGGGGAUGUUGCACCAUUAGAUCAAGUUUUAACCGCUUGUUUAGAAGUCUCGCCUAAAAAAGAUGAUAAAUCUAUUCAAGAAGAAGUGUCAAGUAUCAUUGAUAAAUUUAAGAAAGGAGAAUUAGUUAUUAAUGAUAAAUUAUUGAGUAAUGAUCCACCAGCAACUUGUAAUUCAAUAGAAGCUUGCACAUAG